AGUGCUCCACGACAGCCGCUAUGGAGGCUGGGAGGACGGCUGUCCUCCGCGUGAAGCGGAAGCGCAGCGCGGAGCCCGCCGAGGCGCUUGUUAUCGCUUGUAAACGUCUCUGCUCCAGCGCAGUUGAGUCAGGAGCCCAAAAGACGCCUCCGGAGGGUCUGGAGAGAGCCGCAGAAAAUAAUGUCUUUCAGUUGGUUGCCACCGUGUGCUCCCAGGAGGAACCAGUCCAGCCGCUCGUGCGGGCCGCCCUGCGCCCGUCCCAGGGCAGCCAGCAGCGUAUCCGCCAUCAUCUCCGCGCGUCUGCUCGGGAGAUCCGGCAGGAGGGCCGCUACAGGGUAGUCUCUAGUCGCCGAUCCUCGGGGAUUCUUUCGGGCGGCUUGGAGUCCGAGGACGCGCCGGGAAGCCCAGAAACCGCUGAGGACGCAGGCUUCCAGCUCUUGGACCUGGUUCACGAGGAAGGAGACCCAGAGGCCGCCGCCGCCGCGAUCUCUUGCGAAACAUCUGACCCAGAUGUGAUCCUCUGCAAUUCUGUAGAGUUGAUCCGUGAGCGAUUGACUGUAUCUGAAGAUGGACCAAGAGUUGGGCACCAGGAGGAACAGAAGGACGACUAUGUGUAUGACAUUUACUAUUUGGACAUGGCCACUCCAGGAUGGAUUGAGAACAUCCUCUCUGUGCAGCCCUAUAGCCAAGACUGGGAGUUGGUGAAAAACUAUGGAUUAAGAACGCUAACAUCCUGACAUUAAAUUCUAAAAUGAUUAAUGAGAAAAAUUAAGGUGUACCUGUCAUCCUCUUAUUAUGAGAGAAGCACCUUAUCCCACACCUGCACUACAGCUAUUCUCAUAGUCAGGUACCCACCUUGGACCAUUGCAUAGCCCCCCUCCUGCCUUUCUGCAUUCCACCCUUGGGUUUUGGUUCUAACCUUUAGCACCACCUGUAAUCCAUAUUAAUCCCGCUCCUAGCUGGCUGCCCUUUAGCAGUUUGAAGAUCACUGCCAUCAUCUGCUCAGAACUCUCUCUCUUCCCCACCCUGCUGUGUUCCCUUCUGGUAGAGUUCGGACCAUACAACCAGGAAAUGUGUUCCUGGAGCUGGACUCUAAGUAGAGUAGGGCUACUACCUCCCUCUCAUAGCUUAAGGUUACUAUAGCCUUUAGCAAACUAACUCCUGUGUUUUCUCUUUUGCACCCAUCACCCUUAAAUGACAUCUCUCUUAGCUGGUCUGCUAACUUCCCCCAGAGCAUAACUUUAGAAGUUUGACUUAUACUCAUGUUUGUGUUGAGAUGUGCAGGUGAAUGAUGACCAACAACCAGAGGACAUUUAUGAAGAUGAAGAUGAUGAGAACAGUGAGAGUAAUUGGCGCAAUGAGUAUCCAGAGGAGGAGGACAGUGACGAAGAUGAAGAUGCCAGAGGCUCUGAUGAUUACAACAGCCUCAGUGAAGAAGAAAGAGACAACAGCAGACCACAGAUGUGGAGCAAAUACCCUUUGGAUGUGCAGAAGGAGUUUGGCUAUGACAACCCCCAUGACCUGGAUUCAGACUGAUAAUCCUGUGAUAUCCAUGAGGUUCUACCACAAGCCCCUGAGGGUUCUGUGACUGCAGUGUCUGCCACACUAGUUACGUCUUCUCCAGUUUCCUAGGUUAACACGUGGAAGGAAAAAGCAUAUCCAACAGCACCAUUCCACCAUGGUGAAAACUUGCACUAAAGGAGUGUGUCUUUUCUACUCUCUGUAGGGCCACUUUGUCUCGAUCAAAACUGACCCUGUGUUGGGGGUGGGGGGGGGAUGCUCCUGUGAAAGUGAAGCUUCCUGGCCCAGACAUUUUCCCAGCAUUCCCAUUCUCCUCUUAAUACGCUGAAGCCAGUAAGUGGAAGAGGGUCUCCCAUUUUGUCAGCACUAAGACUGGUCUUUCCCAGGCCACCUGCCUCCAGUGAAAACCUGUUUCUUUUGAAUGAGGGACCCUAGAAGAGCUACAGUGGGUCCCUUGUAGUGGCACAGACUGGAUAGUAAUGGCCAUUAGGAAAGGAAGUAGAAUCUGCCUGAGCUGUGAGAGGUUUUACUUAACAGCUAUCUCUACCUCCCUGCUUCUGAUAGUGGUUGUAAAGAUUGCUAGUUUCCUCUGGCAGUGGUGCCAAGGAACAGGAUAUGUGUGACUCUAAUAAAAACUUAACUUUGAACAUGGGAGCAAGUAAUUCCUUUAAAACCUUUCUAAAUCUGUCUUACGUGUUUUCCCACCAUACUCACUGUUCCUCCUAUCCCGCUGCCAAAAAGUGGGAGGGGUUGGUGAAAAGUUUCAGGCUCUAAGAACUUAAGGCAAGUGAGGAAAAGCAAGGUACAUUCUGAACUUGGCCUUCUAUUGAGAAAUGUUUAACUAGUCACAGCACUCACCAAAAACAAACCACCAUCAACAGGACCAAUUCUGUUACCAAAAGUGGUGUCUCUUGUAAGGAAACUCUGUCCCUACUCCUCUCCAAACCACAAAUGCCUUAACUCUGACUGAGUUGGCAUUUAUUCUGCAAUGAUGAAUAGGUUCUAUAUCUGUACUCUGUAAUAGUAGCCAUUAGCCACAUAUGGCUGUUGAGCACUUGAAAUAUGAUCAGUGCAACUGAGGAAUUGAAUUUUUAAAUUUUAUUUAAUUU